AUGUCAAUAAACUAUGGAUUCUCUCUCAGAGUCCCCGCCAGUCUUGUUCUCAUUUCUUUCCUCAACUUCACGAAUGCUGUCAAGGACGACGGUGCCCCACCGCCUACUGGGCCGCCUUACAAUCUCGACCAACGCGUGUCCUGGCUUCUUCGACACAACUACCUUGCUUUCAAGAUUAUUGAAAGGCAUUGA